AUGACGCCUGCCUGCAGAAAGCCCACCCCUGAGCCGGUGAAACCGGGACUCCAGGCUCUGGACAGAUAUGGCCGAGUGGAAAGCGUCAAAAUUCUCCCAAAGAGGGGAUCUGAAGGAGGAGUGGCUGCCUUUGUGGAUUUUGUGGACAUCAAAAGUGCACAGAAAGCUCACAACUCAAUCAACAAAAUGGGAGAUAGAGACCUACGCACGGAUUAUAAUGAACCAGGCACCAUUCCGAGUGCUGCUCGGGGAUUGGAUGAUACAGUUACCAUAGCAUCUCGUAGUAGAGAGGUUUCUGGGUUCAGAGGAGGUGGUGGAGGGCCUGCUUAUGGCCCCCCACCAUCACUUCAUGCACGAGAAGGACGUUAUGAGCGGAGACUUGAUGGGGCUUCAGAUAACAGGGAGCGUGCUUAUGAACAUAGUGCCUAUGGACACCAUGAACGGGGGACGGGAGGAUUUGAUCGGACAAGACAUUACGAUCAGGAUUACUAUAGAGAUCCUCGAGAACGGACUUUACAACAUGGGCUCUAUUAUACAUCUCGGAGUCGAAGUCCAAACCGAUUUGAAGCUCAUGACCCCCGAUACGAAGCUAGGGCUCGUGAGCAGUUUACACUGCCCAGUGUGGUACACAGGGAUAUCUACAGGGACGAAAUUACCCGGGAGGUACGCGGCAGAAGGCCAGACCGGAAUUACCAGCACAGCAGGAGUCGGUCACCACACUCAUCCCAGUCUAGAAAUCAGUCUCCUCAGAGACUGGCUAGCCAAGCUUCUAGACCCACAAGGUCUCCUAGCGGCAGCGGCUCUAGGAGUAGAUCCUCCAGUAGUGAUUCAAUCAGCAGCAGCAGUAGUACCAGCAGUGACAGCAGUGAUUCCAGCAGUACUUCCAGUGAUGACUCCCCAGCCCGAUCCGUUCAAUCUGCAGCAGUCCCAGCACCCACUUCCCAGUUGCUGUCAGCUCUGGACAAAGAUGAGCCCCGAAAAAGCUUUGGGAUCAAGGUUCAGAAUCUUCCAGUACGCUCGACAGAUACAAGCCUUAAAGAUGGUCUUUUCCAUGAAUUUAAGAAGUUUGGAAAGGUGACAUCGGUGCAGAUACACGGAGCUUCAGAAGAGAGGUAUGGGCUGGUCUUCUUCCGCCAGCAGGAGGACCAAGAGAAAGCGUUGACUGCGUCAAAAGGAAAGCUUUUCUUCGGCAUGCAGAUUGAAGUAACAGCCUGGAUAGGGCCAGAAACAGAAAGUGAAAAUGAAUUUCGCCCCUUGGAUGAAAGGAUAGAUGAAUUCCACCCCAAAGCAACAAGAACCCUCUUUAUUGGCAACCUUGAAAAGACCACUACUUAUCAUGACCUUCGAAACAUCUUCCAGCGCUUUGGAGAAAUUGUGGAUAUUGAUAUUAAGAAAGUAAACGGAGUUCCUCAGUACGCAUUCUUGCAAUACUGUGAUAUUGCCAGCGUUUGUAAGGCUAUUAAGAAGAUGGAUGGGGAGUACCUUGGAAACAAUCGCCUCAAGCUGGGUUUUGGAAAGAGCAUGCCUACAAACUGCGUGUGGUUAGAUGGGCUUUCUUCCAAUGUGUCGGAUCAGUAUCUAACUCGACAUUUCUGCCGAUACGGGCCUGUAGUAAAGGUGGUGUUUGACCGCUUAAAAGGCAUGGCCCUCGUUCUCUACAAUGAAAUUGAAUAUGCACAAGCGGCUGUAAAAGAGACCAAGGGGAGGAAGCUCGGUGGGAAUAAAAUUAAGGUGGAUUUUGCAAAUCGGGAAAGUCAGUUGGCAUUUUACCACUGCAUGGAGAAAUCUGGUCAAGAUAUCCGAGACUUCUAUGAAAUGUUAGCAGAAAGAAGAGAAGAGCGAAGGGCAUCUUAUGACUACAGCCAAGAUCGUACAUACUACGAGAAUGUUCGUACUCCAGGCACAUAUCCUGAGGAUUCCAGAAGGGACUAUGCAGCUCGAGGGAGAGAAUUUUAUUCCGAAUGGGAAACUUACCAAGGAGACUACUAUGAAUCACGCUAUUAUGAUGACCCUCGAGAAUACAGGGAUUACAGAAAUGAUCCUUAUGAGCAAGAUAUUCGGGAAUACAGUUACAGGCAAAGGGAACGAGAACGUGAAAGAUUUGAGUCUGAACGGGACCGAGACCACGAGAGGAGGCCAAUUGAACGAAGUCAGAGUCCCGUCCACUUGCGACGCCCACAGAGUCCUGGCACAUCUCCCUCCCAGUCUGAGAGGCUGCCCAGUGAUUCUGAGAGGAGGAUGUACAGCCGGUCCUCGGACCGCAGUGGCAGCUGUAGCUCCCUUUCCCCUCCACGAUACGACAAACCUCGUGUGGAGCGCCAUUCAAAAAAUGAAAAGACAGAUAAAGAACGAACGCUUGAACAUCCCGAGAGAGGGGAGAGAGAGAGACGCAUAACAAGAAAGGAAAAAGUGGAGAAGGACAAAGCCGAAAAGCAAAAACGCAAAGGGAAAAUUCAUUCCUCCAGUUCUCAGUCCUCAGAAACAGAUCAAGAAAAUGAGAGAGAACUGAGCCCCGAAAAGCCAAGGAGCUCUAGUAAACCGAGCAGAGAGAAAGCGGACAAAGAAGGGCUAGCCCGAAAUCGCCUGGAACUUAUGCCUUGUGUGGUUCUGACGCGAGUGAAAGAAAAAGAGGGCAAGGUUAUUGAGCACGCCGCCUUUGAGAAACUGAAAACCAAGCUCGAUAACGACACUGUCAAACUGUCUGUCCCAGAUCAAAAACUUCAGGCCUCUCAAGCUGAGCCUGCAAAAUCAGACCUCUCUAAAGUGGAAUCUGUUAGACUAAAAGUGCCAAAGGAUAAGGGCCUUUCUAGCCACAUAGAAGUGGUGGAUAAAGAAGGCAGGCUUAAGCCCAGGAAGCUCCUGAAGCCCGAGCAGACUGCUGACGGGGUCAGUGCUGUGGAUCUGGAGAAAUUGGAAGCUAGGAAAAGACGCUUUGCAGAUUCAAAUUUCAAAGCAGAACGUCAGAAAUUGGAAGUCAAGAAAAGCAGUCUAGAGUUAGAGGAAGCUAGGGUGCUUUUGAAAAAGCAGCAUGACCUAUCAUCUAGAGAUGUCAUUGUGCUGAGGGAAGGUGAGUCUGAAAGAAAGCCUGCGCGGAAAGAAAUUCUUAAAAGAGAAUCCAAAAAAAUCAAACUGGAUAGACUUACUGCUGUUCCCAGCCCCAAAGACUGUCAGGAGCUUGCCAGUAUUUCUGUUGGGGUUGGCUCAAGGCCCAGCACAGACCUACAAGCAAGGCUGGGAGAACCAGUAGGCGAACUUGCGGAAAAUCAAGAGAGCCAACCCAAAAAACCCACUUCCUCAAAACCACAGCUCAAGCAGCUACAGCUGUCGGGCGACCAAGGACCAGAGAAAGAGGAUCUUAGGAAAAACUACUGCCAUCUUCGCGAGGAGACACCUGAACGUAAAGCAGGCCAAGAGAAACCACAUUCGGUAGCUGCUGAAGAAAAAAUUGGCAUUGAUAUUGAUCACACACAGAGUUACCGCAAACAAAUGGAGCAGAGUCGGAGAAAACAGCAGAUGGAGAUGGAAAUAGCCAAGUCUGAGAAAUUUGGCAGCCCUAAAAAAGAUAUAGAUGACUAUGAAAGGCGUAGCCUUGUUCAUGAAGUGGGCAAACCUCCCCAAGAUGUCACCGAUGACUCUCCUCCCAGCAAAAAGAAAAGGAUGGAUCAUGUUGAUUUUGAUAUCUGCAGCAAGAGAGAGAGGAAUUAUAGAAGUUCACGUCAAAUCAGUGAAGAUUCUGAAAGGACUGGUUGCUCGCCCAGCAUCCGACUGGGUUCCUUCCAUGAAGAUGACGACCCACUGAGCUCCCCUAGGUUAGUGACAGUAAAAGGGUCCCCUAAAGUAGAUGACAAAGGUCUUCCCUAUGCUAAUAUCACAGUCAGGGAAGAGUCCCUAAAGUUUAAUCCCUAUGAUUCUAGCAGGAGAGAACAGAUGGCAGACAUGGCCAAGAUAAAGCUGUCUGUCUUGAGUUCUGAAGAAGAACUACAUCGUUGGGACUCUCAGUUGAAACAAGAUGCUAGCAGAUUUGAUGUGAGUUUCCCAAACAGCAUAAUUAAGAGAGACAGCCUUCGAAAGAGGUCUGUGCGAGACUUGGAACCUGGUGAGGUGCCUUCUGAUUCUGAUGACGAUGGUGAUCACAAGUCCCACUCCCCCAGAGCCUCUGCACUGUUUGAAAGUUCCCCACUGCCUUUCAUCUUGAGGGACAGAGAGGACAAGCUCCGUGAGCGAGAGGAGAGACUCUCCGCUUCUUUAGAAAGGAACAAGUUCUAUUCUUUUGCACUGGAUAAGACAAUCACCCCAGACACUAAGGCUUUGCUUGAAAGAGCCAAGUCCCUCUCUUCAUCUCGAGAAGAAAAUUGGUCUUUUCUCGAUUGGGACUCUCGAUUUGCUACUUUUCGAAACAACAAAGAUAAAGAAAAGGUGGACUCUGCUCCCAGGCCUAUUCCGUCCUGGUACAUGAAAAAGAAGAAAAUCCGAACGGACGCCGAUGGGAAGAUGGACGCUAAAAAAGAUGACCAUAAAGAAGAAGAGCAGGAAAGGCAAGAACUCUUUGCUUCUCGCUUUUUACACAGCUCAAUCUUUGAGCAAGAUUCCAAGCGACUGCAGCACCUCGAGAGAAAAGACGGAGACUCAGACUGUGUUCCCGGCAGGUUGUAUGGGAGGCAGGCAUCUGAUGGCGGCGCAAGCAGCACAGCUGAUUUAGUUCAAGAGCCAGUUGUUCUAUUUCAUAGCAGAUUUAUGGAACUCACCCGAAUGCAGCAGAAAGAAAAAGAAAAAGACCAAAAGCCCAAAGAAACGGAAAAACAGGAAGAUGCAGAGAAUCAACCCAAGACCCCAGAACCUGCUUCUGAGAACAGAGAGUCAGAACUGAAAACCCCGUCUUCAGUUGGGCCUCCUAGUACCACCGUCCCGGCCGUAACCCCGGACUCGGCACCAUCAACACCGGAGAAGACGACGGCGAGUGAGAAGCCAACGGAGGUGCCUGCAGUAGCAGAAGAAAAGACUGCGGAGCCUGCCCCGGUCUCAGAAGAAGCAAAAGCGGGAUCCGAACGGACGCCUGCCCCUGUGGAACAACCUGCACAAGGAAGCUCGCACCCGGGAGUAGACACCAGUAAAGAUGCCGCUGUGCCUUCCUCAGUGGCUGAAGAAAGCUCACCAACUGACCAGCUGCCUUUUCUGGACGCCAAGCCUCCAACUCCCGGGGCCUCAUUUUCCCAGGCAGAGAGCAGUGUAGAUCCAGAGCCCAAUAGGACCCUACCACUUCCCAAGCCAACUCCAACGCCUGAGGAAGCCAAUGAGCCAAAGGUGGAGAAACCCGACUCGGCUGCUAAUGUUGAGCCAAAUCAAAAGACUGAAGUCGUUCCUGCCGUUCAGCCUCGGGCUUCUGAAGAGUUAGAGGCUGAGCCUCCAGUUGCUGCAAAAGAUAAAAAGCCAAACAAAAGUAAACGUUCCAAGACCCCAGUUCAGGCAGCUGCUGUCAGCACUGUGGAGAAGCCCGUCACCAGGAAGAGUGAGAGAAUAGACCGAGAAAAGCUAAAGCGGUCCAGUUCUCCUCGGGGAGAAGCACAGAAACUGCUAGAAUUAAAGAUGGAGGCUGAGAAAAUUACCAGGACUGCUUCUAAAACCCCUGCUGGGGAUCCUGAACACCUGGAGCCAAGCUUGCCCCUCAGCCGGACCCGGCGCCGAAACGUCAGGAGUGUGUAUGCAACCAUGGGGGACACCGAGAGCCGCUCUCCGGUCAAAGAGCCCCCGGAGCAGCCAAGACUGACCAGGAAGAGGUUGGAGCGAGAGCUUCAAGAAGCGGCAGCAGCCCCUACGACCCCUCGGAGGGGGAGGCCCCCCAAAACACGCCGUCGAGCUGAAGAAGAUGAGGCUGAGCCAAAAGAACCAGUUGAAACACCCAAACCAGCGGAGGGAUGGAGGUCCCCUCGAGCUCAAAAACUCACUGCCGCUGCUGGCUCCCAGGGGAAAGGCAAGGGGAAACACGACCCCAAAUCUGAUGCCGCAGCGGAACGCCUGGAGACUGCCACUGAGGUGGGUUCUCAGGGGAACGCGAAAGAAAACAGUACAAAAGCCAAGCCUGCUGAAGAAGCAGGAAGUGAACAGAAACAUGACCGAAAGGACGUGGGUACAGGCAGGACCCCCCCAGACCCUCCCCCAGUUGAAGGGCUAGAGAAGAAAACAACCCCUGAAAAAAACUCCAAGUCCAAGAGAGGAAGGGCGCGAAAUUCGAGGUCAGCAGUGGACAGAUCGGCCAACCUGAAGGCCGUGGAUGCUAGCGCAGGUGCCCGGGCAGCUACGAGGCUGGCAGGAGAUCCGGAAGCUGGGGUUACCGCAGUCUCCCCCGAGAAAGGCGAGAGUCCCCCAAAGGAGGGUAGUUUAUCAUCCCAGCUGAAAAGUGACCCGGUUGAUCCAGAGAAGGAACCAGAGAAGGAAGAUGUGUCUGAUUCUAAGCGUAACCCAGAAGCAACACAGUUGGCCAAGCAGAUGGAGCUGGAGCAAGCCGUGGAGAACAUUGCAAAGCUCACGGAAACUUCAGCCGCCUCGGCCUACAAGGCUGCAGCCUCAGAUGCACCCGAGGGCCGAGCCUCGGAGGACAGUCGGGACAAGCCGGCCCAUCAAGCUAGUGAAACGGAACUUGCUGCGGCCAUUGGCUCCAUCAUCAAUGACUUUUCUGGGGAGCCAGAAAACUUCCCAGCCCCUCCCACUUACCCCUCAGAGCCUACAGCAGAUGUUCAGCCCAACCCUCCAGGGCCACAGCCUCCCGAGGAAGGAAUGGAGCCUGAGACAGACGAGGCCGUGUCUGGCAUCUUGGAGACUGAGGCUGCUGCAGACUCUUCUGGGCCACCUGCCAGUGCUCCUAACACCUCGACAGGCCCAGCAGACACCAAGGAGACCAGAGGAAAAGGCAGCGCACCCUCUGACUCCGUGCAAGAAGCCAGAGGGGCCAAAGAAGCAGAAGUCGUGCGGAGAGACAAAGGGCGCCAGAAGACCACUCGGUCGCGCCGCAAAAGGCAAACAAACAGGAAAGCCGGGGCUGUGGCAGAGCCCCCUGCCUCUGAGCCUGAACAGGUGCAAAGCAAGAGUCCGGCUGCAAAAGAGGAGGAGGCGGUGGUGGUCCCUGCACCUGAAACCCCACAGGAAGAAAAGCCCCGCACCCCCGAGCCCAAGUCAUGUGCUUCUGACCUCAGCAAGACUCCACCCAGGGAGAGCGUAUCCCAGGAGAGCAGCGUUGAAGAAAAGACACCAACCAAAGGGCCGGCACCCCCAGACCUAUCCACCCCUUCUCAGCCAGUCCCAGGAGACGACGACCAUCCAGUCAGAUUCAAGGUACAUUCGAUUAUUGAAAGUGACCCAGUAACCCCACCCAGUGACUCUAGCACCCCUACUCCCACCGUUCCUUCGGUAACCGCAGCAAAGCUCCCACCGCAGAGUUCCCCUCCCACAGUGACCGAGUGGCUCACAAGGCAGGAGGAGCCACGAGCUCAGUCGACACCAUCUCCGGCUCUUCCCCCAGACACCAAAGCCUCUGACGUCGCCCCCAGCUCCAGUACCCUGAGGAAGAUCCUCAUGGACCCCAAAUACGCAUCUGCCACAGGGGUGGCUUCCACGAGCGUCACAGCCUCCAUUGCGGAGCCUGUCAGCGCCGCCCCUUGCUUGCAGGAAGCCCCGGCCCCGCCCCCACCUGUUGAACCGAAGAAGCCUCUCGUAGAGGAGAAAGCACCCGCGCCAGUAGCCAGCACCUCGGACGUGCAAGCCUUAGAGGUUCCAGUAUCUACCGAUAAAGAAAAACCGGCUCCAGUUAUUGCUCCCAAAAUCACAUCCGUCAUUAGCCGGAUGCCCGUCAGCAUUGAUUUGGAGAAUUCACAGAAGAUAACGCUGGCGAAACCUGCUCCUCAAACUCUGACCGGCCUGGUGAGCGCCCUGACCAGCCUGGUGAACGUCUCACUGGUCCCAGUCAAUGCCCUGACUGGCCCAGUGAAUGCUCUGAAAGGGCCGGUGAAGGGUUCGGUAACGACGCUGAAGGGCCUGGUGAACACGCCUGCCGGUCCUGUGAACGUCCUCAAAGGGCCAGUGAAUGUCCUGACGGGUCCUGUGAAUGUUCUCACCGCUCCCGUGAAUGCUGCGGUGGGCACAGUGAGCGCCACCCCGGGGGCAGUGAACACAGCCACAGGCACCAUCAAUGCCGCCACUGGCACAGUGACCGUCGCCACAGGGGCGGUGACCUCGGCAUCCGGCGGUGUGACUGCCACAACGGGUGCAGUCACCAUGGCUGCGGGGGCAGUGAUUGCACCAGCGGCAAAGUGCAAGCCGAGAACGAACACUAACGAAAACAACCGGUUCCACCCAGGAUCCAUGUCUGUGAUUGACGAGCGCCCAGCUGACACCGGCUCGGGGGCUGGACUGCGUGUGAACACCUCAGAAGGGGUUGUGCUCCUGAGCUAUUCAGGGCAGAAGACUGAAGGCCCACAGCGCAUCAGCGCAAAGAUCAGUCAGAUCCCCCCAGCCAGUGCGAUGGACAUUGAGUUCCAGCAGUCAGUGUCCAAGUCCCAGGUCAAACCCGAUUCUGUCACACCAUCUCAGCCUCCACCCAAAGGCCAAGCCCCAUCAGGCUAUGCGAAUGUGGCCACCCACUCCACCCUGGUACUGACUGCCCAGACGUAUAAUGCGUCUCCGGUGAUCUCCUCCGUUAAGGCCGACCGGCCAUCCUUGGAGAAGCCUGAGCCCAUUCACCUCUCCGUGUCCACCCCUGUCACUCAGGGCGGCACCGUGAAGGUGCUCACUCAGGGCCUCAACACCUCCCCGGUGCUGGUGCACAACCAGCUUGUCCUCACCCCGAGCAUCGUGACCACCAAUAAAAAGCUCGCUGACCCCGUGACCCUCAAAAUUGAGACUAAGGUCCUCCAACCAGCCAGCCUGGGAUCAGCUCUCACCCCCCAUCACCCUCCUGCUCUGCCCAGCAAACUGCCCCCAGAUGUGAACCACAUCAACUCGGGGCCCAGCACCCCAACAGACCGGACUGUCUCCCAUCUGGCUGUCACGAAGCCAGACGCACAUCCUCCCCGACCGAGUGGGCCCGCUCCAUCCCCGUUUCCAAGAGCUUGUCACCCGAGCAGUACUACGUCCACGGCCCUCUCCACCAAUGCCACGGUCAUGUUGGCCGCCGGCAUCCCUGUGCCCCAGUUCAUCUCCAGCAUACACCCGGAGCAGUCGGUCAUCAUGCCACCUCACAGCAUCACACAGACCGUGUCCCUCAGUCACCUGUCGCAGGGCGAGGUGAGGAUGACCACGCCCACGCUGCCCAGCAUCACCUACAGCAUCCGCCCAGAGACACUCCACUCUCCCCGGCCCCCCCUGCAGCCCCAGCAGAUAGAGGUCAGGGCCCCACAGCGUGCAGGCACACCCCAGCCGGCCCCGGCCCCGGCCCCGGCUCCUCAGCACCCUCCCGAAGAAGAGGUGCACUACCACCUCCCUGUCGCUCGCACCACAGCCCCUGUGCAGUCGGAGGUGUUGGUCAUGCAGUCUGAGUACCGGCUGCACCCCUACACAGUGCCUCGGGACGUGAGGAUCAUGGUCCACCCACACGUGGCCACAGUCAGCGAGCAGCCCCGGGCGGCAGAGGGCAUGGUGAAGGUGUCGCCAGCCAGCAAGGCCCCUCCACAGCCAGGGAAGGAAGCUGCCAAGACACCUGAUGCCAAAGCAGCACCUGCCUCCCACGGCGAAGCCCGCAUCCUCACAGUCACCCCCAGCAACCAGCUGCAGGGGCUGCCGCUGACUCCUCCUGUGGUGGUCACCCACGGGGUGCAGAUUGUGCACUCAAGUGGGGAGUUGUUCCAGGAGUAUAGGUACGGUGACAUCCGUGCUUACCACGCUCCCGCUCAGCUCACACACACUCAGUUUCCUGCCACCGCCUCCAUCGGCCCACCUUCCCGGACCAAGACCCCUGCGCAGGGCCCUCCACCCGAAGGGGAGCCCUCGAAGCCUGCCCUGUCGCCCACACAACCUGCCCAGACCACCCCAGUCACACAGCCUGCCCCACCUGUGCCGCCCUCCCAGCCCAGCCAACCCCUGAGUAGCAAAAUGCCCCAGGUCUCCCAGGAGGCGAAGGGGACCCAGACUGGAGUUGUUGAGCAGCCUCGACUCCCCACUGCACCUGCAAACAGGCCACCUGAACCUCUUGCCCAGAUUCCAAGGACCCCAGUGGAAACGGCCCAGACGUCCCACCUCUCUCCAGUGUCUGUCACCAUGAAGCCUGACCUCCCUGCCCCUCUCCCAGCUCAGGCCACCCCAAAGCAGCCAUUGUUUGUCCCCACAACUACCAGCCCCAGCCCCAGCACUGUCCCAGGACUGGCUCUGCCGCAUCCAGAAGCCCAGCCCACCCCCAAACAAGACUCCUCUCCACACUUGACUACCCAGAGACCUGUGGACAUGGUCCAACUCCUGAAGAAGUACCCCAUCGUGUGGCAGGGCCUGUUGGCCCUCAAGAAUGACACAGCUGCUGUGCAGCUCCACUUUGUCUCUGGCAACAAUGUCCUGGCCCACCGGUCCCUCCCCCUCUCUGAAGGGGGACCCCCCCUGAGGAUCGCCCAGAGGAUGCGGCUGGAGGCCUCACAACUGGAAGGGGUCGCCCGGAGGAUGACGGUGGAGACAGAUUACUGCCUGCUGCUGGCUCUGCCCUGCGGUCGAGACCAAGAGGACGUUGUGAGCCAGACAGAGUCCCUCAAGGCCGCCUUCAUCACAUACCUGCAGGCCAAGCAGGCAGCGGGGAUCAUCAACGUUCCCAACCCCGGCUCCAACCAGCCCGCCUACGUGCUGCAGAUCUUCCCGCCCUGCGAGUUCUCGGAGAGUCACCUGUCCCGGCUGGCCCCUGACCUUCUUGCCAGCAUCUCCAACAUUUCUCCUCACCUCAUGAUUGUCAUUGCCUCCGUGUGAACCACCUGGGCGGUUUCCCGAGGUGCCGCAGCCACACACACAGGACAACCCAGCCAAGUGGAGGAUGAAGCUGCUGAGGGGGACAGACUCCACUGCCAGCCGGCUAGCCUCCCUCCCGCCCGCCUGCCCGGCUCCUGUCAGCCAGACCUCUGGGCAGUGGUGCUGCUACCUUGUAUGUUUACAUGCCGCUUUAGCCCAAGGACAGACCACCAACUGAUGGACCUGCAGACACCUUGGGGGCUGGGUUUCUCUCUCCUCUUUUUGGAGAAAAGGAACAGGGCUGUGGAAUUAAUUUUUUUGUUUGUUUUGUUUUUAAGAAACAAGAAAAUGGAACUGCCUUUGCACUAAAUUAGUGACUUGGACUCUUGCACAGUGAAGACAGGCUGUGACACUCUGGAUGCUGGUGUGUGAACACAUAUCGGGGACUCAUGCAGGACUUCAAACUUCUGCGGAAACCCUGGCGUCGAGGAACAUUUCAUGAGUUUUUUGGUCCCUCUCCCCUCCCCCUGCCCAUACUCAUUUGGAUGCGUCUCUUUUAACCUCUGCUAGCGCCGUAGGAGUCACCUGGACGCAUCGUUUACACUUGACAGCAAGCAGGAGGAGCGAACUUCCUUUUGGUGGGAUAUGCAGAACUUGGGAUGUGUGUAUAUAUAAAUAUAUAAUAUAUAUAAAUAUAUAUAUAAUACUGACUUAAAAAAAUCAAAAUUUCCCCUCACAUACAUUUUUUUUAAUCUGUGCCAAAAAUGUGUUUUCAGAGAGAAUCUUAUUUUCAUACUCAGACUUUGUAUCGUCACUCAUUUGUAUAAGUGCGCUUCGUUACAGCACGGCCUGCCCUGCGACGUGAAGUGUCACACAGCACCUGUAUAAAGACUGGCUGGUCUCACCCUACCUGGAGCUCCCCCAACUCCCUAACACUUAUUAAUUUAUGAAACUGUUUUUCUCAGCGCAGUUUUGUUUUGUGUGUCCAUUGGAUUACAAACUUUAUUAAAAAAUACAAAACACA